UUAUUUACAAAAAUUUUAUUUUUUAAUGAUUUAUUUUUAAUAUAAAGUGGUUUUUUUAAUUUAUUUAUUAUUUUAAAAUUAUCACUUGCCCGAAGGUGUGUCACCUAAGGCGGAACAUUUAGUCUUUUGUUUCCGCACGAGUUAAUAAUCAGUGAGCACACAGCAAAGCGGCAAUGGCAGCUUUCCGAACGGUGGUCCGCACAAGAUGGAUUCGGACAUUUCCUGUCGCUUUGGCGCCGCGCCGCCUUGCGAGUUCCUUCAAGGCUGCCGAUUUGAGCGUGGAACGCAACCCUAAAUCCGCGGCCAAGCCGGACCCGUCCACGCUGGUGUUCGGAAAGCAAUUUUCGGAUCACAUGCUGACAGUGGAGUGGAAUGCCGACGGCGGCUGGGAAGCGCCACAAAUCAAACCCUUCCAGAACCUCUCGCUGCAUCCAGCCAGCUCCGCUCUGCAUUACUCCAUCGAGCUGUUUGAAGGCAUGAAGGCGUUCCGCGGCGUGGACAACCAUGUGCGCCUCUUCCGGCCCAUGCUCAACAUGGAGCGCAUGCACCGCAGCGCCAAGCGCAGUUGCUUGCCUACGUUUGACAAAGUCGAGCUGCUGGAGUGCAUCAAGAAGCUGGUGGAGUUGGAGCAGGAGUGGGUUCCGUACUCGGAGGACGCCAGCUUAUACAUCCGACCCACUUUCAUCGGAACCGAGCCGUCGCUGGGCGUGACCCGAGCCGGCCGAGCCUUGCUGUUCGUAAUCGUGGGUCCCGUGGGACCGUAUUUCGCCACGGGGUCUUUCAACCCCGUCUCGCUGCUGGCUGACCCGUCCUUUGUGCGCGCCUGGAAGGGGGGAGUCGGCGCCUACAAGAUGGGAGGAAACUACGGUCCGACCAUCGCCGUUCAGAGCGAGGCGGUUCAGCGCGGCUGCCAGCAGGUUCUGUGGUUGUACGGAGACACGGAGGAAAUCACUGAGGUCGGGACCAUGAAUCUCUUCAUCUACUGGACGGAUGAGAACGGAGAGAAGGAGUUGGUGACGCCGCCGCUGGACGGGAUCAUCCUCCCAGGAGUCACCAGGCAGUCUCUGCUGGACUUGGCCAGAAACUGGAAUGAGUUCAAAGUGACAGAGCGCAAAAUGGGCAUGAAGGAACUGCUGAGCGCGCUGGACGCCGGCCGGAUUCUGGAGGUGUUCGGCGCCGGAACGGCCUGCGUGGUUUGUCCUGUGGGCAGCCUCCUCUACAAGGGCCAGACAUACAACAUCCCAACCAUGCAGAACGGACCCGACCUGGCCAAGAGGUUCUACAAAGAGCUUACUGAUAUUCAGUACGGACGCAAGGCCAGCGAGUGGGCGCCUGUGGUGGCUUAAAUGGUUUUUGCACAAGACAGUAGAAUCAACAGUUACAUCCCAUAAUUCCACUUUGGACCACGGUUAACCCCGCCCCUUCCCGCCUUUUUCUCUUUCCUCGUGUACGUACGUAAAACCACUAAUGCACUCCUGACAAUUUCUGCCGGUGGUUUUGCGGCAAUAAGAACUGGUUGCAACAACAAUUCAGCUCUACUUUAUACAUAGACUCACAUAGCACAAAGUUACUCGUCCUAUAGGCGGUUAGUCGUAGUUCAGUGAUAAGCUGUAUUGCGGUGUGGUGCUUCUUUUGAGAGGGUUACUGCGAGGGGCCACUUUGCACUCCCGGCCAGGUGGGAUGAACGAGCAAGCGACUGGCCUAAACUGGUUUGUGUGUCCCUGCUAUUGUCGUUUUUAGAUGUUUUUACAGGAUAUAUCAUAUGUAAUGAGUUGAGACGUCUUCCGUGUUAAGUGCCUGCUGACCAUCGUCUUGGUCAGCGCGUCUUCCGCUCAAAUGUUAUCCAAGAAAUGUCACUUCUUGUUUGUAUGUGCUGUUUACGUUUAGUCGGCAUUAUUUUUACAUUAAAGCCUGUUUGAGACCA